ACGUGCACAGCAGACGCACUCCUCCACGUUGCGGACGUCGAUCGCCUUCUUCUCCUCUUGACGACAUGCGUGUGGCUGUAAUCGGUGCUGGAGUCUUUGGUCUGUCCACAGCUCAGAGCAUAUAUGAGCAGUACCACGCCAUUGUCACUCCACUGAUCAUCGAGGUGUACGCAGACUGCUUCACCCCGCUGACCACCAGCGAUGGAGCGGCAGGUCUUUGGCAGCCCUAUAUCAAUGACAAGGGAGAUGUCCAGGAGAUGAAGUGGUAUAAACAGACCUUUGACUACUUGCUGAGCUGCCUCCGUUCACCAGAGUGUGUAAAAAUGGGUAUUUUCCUCCAAUCUGGGUACAACCUCUGCACAGAACCAACCCCCGACCCAACGUUUAAAGACACAGUCCUGGGCUUCAGAUGUCUCACAGAGCGAGAGCUGAAGAUGUUUCCUGGUUACAGUUAUGGGUGGUUCAACACUGCUCUCAUAUUGGAAGGUAAAACAUACUUACCUUGGCUGAUGGACUGGUUGGCGAAACGGGGUGUGAAAUUUUAUCACAGGAAAAUUGGAUCUUUUACAGAGCUGUCUAAAAAUGGUGCAGAUGUGAUGAUAAACUGUACUGGGAUGAGAUCUGGAGACCUCCAGCCUGACCCUGAGCUGAAACCUGCCCGGGGGCAGAUAAUAAAGGUGGAAGCGCCAUGGUUGAAGCACUGGGUUAUGACCUACACUCCUCAAGGGGUUUACAGCUCACCAUAUAUCAUUCCAGGGAGUCGUCUUGUGUCAGUCGGCGGGGUAUUCCAGUUGGGGAACUGGAAUGAACACAACGAUUCCGCCGAUCAUAAGGCCAUUUGGGAAAAGGCUUGCCAGCUCGAGCCGAGCCUCAGGCAUGCCAGGAUAGUGGACGACUGGACCGGCCUCAGGCCAGCCCGAAGCAAAAUCAGAUUGGAGCGAGAGACCCUAUUGUGUGGUACCACUGCGGUCGAGGUGAUUCACAACUAUGGCCAUGGAGGUUUUGGAAUGACCAUUUACAAAGGCUGCGCCCAGGAAGCAGCCAGGCUUUUUGCCCUGGGAGCCAGAACUGGAAUGAGGGAUUGGCCCUGAGGUUUGUGAGGAGGAGGAGGCCCGGCCCGUCAUCUCCUGGCCCCACUGACGGUGGUCGGACUCCUGCAGGCCUCGUCCCGUUGUCUCAAUCGGCAGCGCGCAAGAGGCGAUGGCGGCGAGCAGACAGCAGCAGCAGUACACCGAGAGAGCUAAAUACACGGACGACUCCAACAACACCUGCAAGAGAAAGCAGACGUGUCUAUUUGUAUACACCACUUAUAUAAAAGCGCCAAACUUUGCAGGUGAUACCUGUGCGACAAAAGGUGUGAUGAGGGCACCAACUCUCGCCAUGCCACUGCUUGUUCCCAAACCUAAAGCCCUGUUUGCAGUUGGAUAAACCUGUAGAGUAUCAGAAAAUGCUGUGAAGGUCAUGCCACUUCUCUCUACCGUGGACUGUAGUAUUGAUUUGGUUCAAAUUGGAUUAAUCCUAUUCAUUGCAUAGUCAAUGUGAACACUUUAACUAACCUCUGGAGUAUACACAUAGGCAGCCUGGAAUCCCCCAGCGAUGAAAGCUCUGGCAAUGAAUAUCAGCACUGUCAUGGACGCUCUGUAACAAAAUGGGAAGCCGUGCUUGCCUGUAUGACAAUAACACAAUCUGAUUUAAAGUAGAUAUUGCAGACAUGGCAGGUUUCUCCUUUUACCUCCCCACACAACCAUAGAGCGGAAUGAUGCACAGAGAGAAGACAAGGAAACACAAGGCCAUGGUCUUCCUCCUUCCUAAGCGAUCGAUCGCCCAC